UUACUAUAGUAGUCAUUGUUCUCUUGUACUAUAUAUAUUCAUUAAUACAACUUAAGAGGGUAUGCACUUUAGCCCUUCUUUCAUGGUAUCAGAGCGGGAAUCCUAAUGUAGGGAUAUCGAUUCAUAGCCACCAUCCACCAUAAAUCUCACCUUUUUCUAUAGGUGUUUUUUCUUUUAGUUUUCUAUCUUUCCAGUACUGCUACAGUACUAUCACUACAGUACUGCUACAGUAUUAUUGCUACAGUACUGAUGCUACAGUACCAGCGCUACAGUACUGGUGCUACAGUGCUUCUGCUACAGUAUUUCUGCUACAGUAUUUUCAGCCUUUCUGUGAUUCCUCUUUGCUCCUCUGGUGCCGCUCGGAUUGUCCUACUGUUGGUUGCUCGUAUUGCUCGGUUCUUUCCUUGGUGCGGUCGAUCCUAUUUGGUGAUAAGUGGUUUCUCUCAUGUGGUAGAAUUCAGGUUCUUUUUUUAUUCACAUCCGCUAUAUUCCGAUUUAUCUUUCUUUCUUAUCUAGUGGUGGAUCCUUAUCUUAAGGUAGUAAACAUGUCUUCUUCUACCUCAAAUUUGCCAAUUGUUAAUAUCAAAACUCUCAUACCACUAGAACUCACCGAUUCCACAUAUCUUGUGUGGAAACAAGUCUUUCUUAAUGUUCUAGAAAGUUUUGGUGUUACAAAACAUGUGAAAGGAACUAGUGUUGUGCCUUCUCAGACUAUCGAUACUGCUGAUAAGAAGGAGGUUAUAAAUCCUGAAUAUGUGAGUUGGAAAAAGAACGAUACUACUAUACUUUCAUGGAUUAAUGCCACUUUAUCUCUUAGCAUAUUACAUAUGGUUGUUUCUAGCUCACCUAAAACUGCAUAUGAUGCUUGGAGAAUUAUUGAGGCAUAUUUUCUUGAUAAGACUGCUUCCACGGCUUUUUCUCUAAAAUCUGAAUUGCGGAGCAUCAAGAAAGGCUCAAUGAGCAUGAGUGAUUACAUGCAAAAGAUCAAGACGAUUGGUAAUGCUCUUCAGGCGAUUGGUGAAAUCGAGUCAGACCAUAAUUUGGUCAUGACUGUUCUUCUAGGGCUACCAGAGGAAUAUCGAGAUUUUGUUAGUGCUCUAAACACACACAGAAAUAAGCCAACUUUUGAACAACUUCGUCCACUCUUGAUGCAAGAAGAAACAGAAGUUCAGCGUCGCACUAGUGUGACUACGUCCUCUGCUAUUCCCACUAUUGACGGUGAAGCUCUUUAUGCCAAUCGUGGACGUGGUAAUCGUGGAGGCCGUGGAGGUAGAUAUCGUGGAGGCCGAGGACAACGUGGUAGAUACUAUUCUGGUCGUGGAUCUCCUGGAAUCUACCCACAGUCUCAACCCAAUUAUCCUCAACAAUCUUACACUCUAAAUCAACAACCAUACAUUCCGAAGUCCGGCAUACAAUGUCAGAUAUGUGGAAAGUUCAAUCAUUCUGCUCUUCAGUGCAGACAACGCUUCAAUCAUUCUUUCGCUGCUGAUGAAGUUCCUCAGACCUUUGCUGUUAUGAACCUUCACGAACCCGGUGAGGAAGUCUGGUAUCCGGAUACCGGAGCAUCAAAUCAUAUAACCGCAAGCUCUGGAUAAGGAAACAGGGAAGGAGCUUCUUCGAUGUCCUAGCUCGGGAACAUCACUUUAUCCAAUUUCUUCUAGAUUUGCAAGUGUAGGGAAUAAGCAACAACUAGCUCUUAUUCCAUCUAGAUUUAGUGGAGAUGUCUGGCAUAGACGGUUAGGUCAUCCUAGUCUUCCUGUUCUUUCUACAUUUAUUAAAAAUAA